AUGCCUCCUGCUGGAGAGAUAAGUCAAUUCACAGCUGAGCAGAUUGCGACACUGCAAGCAAAGCUGGAGAAACGGCUUGGACCUGAGUACAUCUCGACGCGCCCAGGUCCAGGGGGUGGACCAACGAUAACUUAUGCGGAGGGAUGGAAGAUAAUCAACCUCGCAAACGAGGUGUUUGGAUUCAAUGGCUGGUGUUCUUCCAUUACGAACCUAACAAUCGAUUUCAUUGACGCUCACGAUACUACGCCUCCCCGUUAUAGUGUUGGCACACAUUGUAUCACUCGCGUUACUCUGCGCGACGGGACGUAUCAUGAGGAUGUCGGAUAUGGCACUGCGGAGAACCAGAAAGGGAAAGCGACCGCCCUUGAUAAGGCAAAGAAGGAAGCUGUUACAGAUGCUUUGAAGCGCACCCUCAGAAGCUUUGGAAACCUACUCGGAAAUUGCUUAUAUGAUAAGCAGUAUACCGAACAGAUCAAGAAUAUCAAAUUACCACCGGUAUCAUCUGCAGUCGCUCCCGACUAUUAUCUCUUCUGA